AUCGUCGUGACCACGCUAGUCCAUAUGUCAGUUGACUCUUUGACUCUGCAAUUCUUCAACCAAGACGGCAAGACCCUCCUCACAAUUCCUCAAAACCCCGCCACAAAAUCCCGAUCAAAAAUCCAACCCAUUUCAAAUUUCAAUCCCAUAAAGAUGAACACGUUCCUUAAAAACAUGGAAAUGCCCUCCGCCAAAACAGUGAUGUCAACGGCGGCCUCCGUCGCCGCCACCGCCAUGGUCCUCCGCUCCAUUUCUCGCGACUUCAUACCCAAGGACGUCCACCACUAUCUUUCCACCAAAAUCAGACGCUUAAUGAACUCGCUCUCUUCGCAACUCACCCUAGUCAUCGACGAGUUCGAGGGUCUCAACCGGAACCACAUUUUCACGGCCGCCCAAGUUUACUUACGACCCACAAUCUCCCCAAAUUCCAAAAGGUUCAGAGUCACAAUGCCGACCCCAGAAAACAAAAUUUCCGUUUCCAUGGAAAAGAACGAAGAGAUCAUUGACUUCUUCGACGGAGUCAAACUCCAGUGGAAGCUGGUCUCGACCCAAAUCUCGUCCAAGUACAUAGACGGCCCAGGAUCCGAAUACGAGUCCACGGUCAAGUCGGAGCUCCGGUACUUGGAGUUGAGCUUCCACAAGAAGCACAAAGACUUGGUUCUAGGUUCUUACUUGCCAUCUGUAUUGCAAAAGGCCGAGGAAGUUAAGGAAGAGAGGAAGACCUUGAAGCUCUUCACUUUGAAAUAUGGGACAAGGAUUCACGUAGUGGGAGGGUCCAUGUGGCAAUCAGUGAACUUGAAUCACCCCGCGACGUUCGACACAUUGGCAAUGGAUGAAGAGGCCCACAAGAUGAUAGUGGAGGAUCUUGAGAGGUUUGUGAGGAGGAAGGAGUAUUAUAGGAAGGUUGGGAAGGCUUGGAAAAGGGGAUACUUGCUGUUUGGGCCUCCUGGGACUGGGAAGUCGAGCUUGGUUGCUGCCAUGGCCAAUUACUUGAAUUUUGAUAUCUAUGACUUGGAGUUGAGUGAGAUUAGGAGUAAUUCUCAGCUCAGGAGGUUGAUGAUGUCCACGGCAAACAGGUCGAUUCUUGUGGUGGAGGAUAUUGAUUGCUCCAUUGAACUACAGAACAGGCUUGCAAAUGCCAGGGCCGCCGGCCCUCGUGCUUUUAAUGCUCCGAAGACUGAGGUGACUCUGUCAGGAUUGCUCAACUUCAUAGAUGGACUGUGGUCAAGCUGUGGCGACGAGCGGAUCAUAGUCUUCACUACCAAUCACAAAGAUCGGCUUGACUCUGCCUUGUUACGCCCUGGUCGAAUGGAUGUGCACAUCCACAUGUCCUUUUGCACGCCUUGUGGGUUCAAAACUCUUGCUUCUAACUACCUUGGAAUUAUGGAGCACACACUUUUCUUUGACAUAGAGAAGUUGAUAGCCACAAUGAAGGUUACUCCGGCAGAGAUAGGAGAGCAGUUACUGAAGAAUGAGGAGCCUGAAGGUGCAUUGAGAGACCUACUUGAGUUCCUUGAGAGGAAGAAUAGAGCAAUUGAAGAAGCUGCAAGUAAGUCAGAGUUGAGCACCAAAGAAACACAUAGGAAAACCGAUGAAUUAUGAAUUGGCAGAUGCACGAACUGCAGAAACAAUGAAAGAAGGAUUUCAGGACCAAAAGUGAAGGUAUACUUUUGAAAGAGGAAAAUACUUAGAUCUUGAACUAUCUACUGCUACUGGGUAUGAUUCUAUAUGAGCAGUUUCUUUGUAGCUGCAUAAUAUAAUAUAUAAAUUAAUAGUGAAAUUAUCAGAUUUAGUCUGAGACUCUUUUAUUAAUGAAAAUCAUCUUAAUGGCAAUCUAUCUUCUUUUUGAA